AUGAAUCCUCGAGCACAUCAUAAUCCCUGGCCAUUUACAGCGGACGAGGAGAAGUGCAUGUGGGAUCAUAUCUAUGCGAGGCUACGCGCUGGUGAUGAAGCUGCUCGCCAUCCGCAUGGGCAAUCACUGGCCGUUGUUGGCUUCAGAAUUGAACGCAGAGAGGGUAUUUUGUUAUUGACGAACGCAAGUGGUGUAGUUGUUGCAUAUGAAAAAGAAGACAAACUGUACCAAAUGUCGGAUCUGAUGGAGGAGGAAGUUUGUGAUGACAAACUGUACCAAAUGUCGGAUCUGAUGGAGGAGGAAGUUAGUGAUGUAAUCGAUGACGACGACUGGAAACCCAAUAAAAAUCUGAAGAAAUUAUCAUCCGGCGGGAAGCCCUCGAAAAAGCUGCAAAAGUUGUCGACGAGCAGGAAACCAUCCGAAAAGCUGGAAAAUUUGUCGCCGGUCAGGAAACCCUCAAAAAAAUUGGAGAAAUCAUCGCCGGGCAAGAAACCCUCAGCAAAACUGGAAAAUUUAUCGCCGGUCAGGAAACCUUCAAAGAAACUGGAGAUUUUAUCGCCGCGCAGCAGUAUGUUUGUCAGUGUCCGCAAGUGUGAAAGAAAAAGCGAAGCUGGAAAAUCACGAGGAGCAGUCACUGAUAAAAUUGCAAAUGGAAACGAAAGUGAGCAGCAGGUGGAUUCCAGUGGAGAAACUGUUGGAGUUGAAGUUGCUGAAAAAAGCACAGUCAAAAACGUAGGUCAUCAGCAGGUCGAUUCCAAUGGAAAAGCUGGAGAUCCCGGUGGAGAAACUGUUGGAGCUGAAGUUGCUGAAAAAAGCACAGACGAAAUCGGAAGUGAGCAGCAGCAGCUGAUGGAUUCCGGCGGAGGAACUGUUGGAAUCGAAGUUGAGCAAAGGGAAGACGUUGUUUGCGCAAUUGAGUCUGAAAACGCAGUUCAAACUGUACGACAGCGGUCCGGAAACAACUCAGAUUUUCGAGUAACAACAUCAGAUGCCCCGGUAAAAAGGAAAACCUUGUCAGCUUUUGUUGAUGAUGAGCUCAAAUCGCUGUUGGCUCAAAUUGAUAGAAACCAACGAUGCACCGGCGCCCAGAAAAUGAAAGCAAAAAGAACACUGAAACGCUGCGCUGAAAAAGCGAAACAAAUUGGCGUAAGUCUAAACAACUACUUGGACAGAAUUCGACCCCCAGAUCUCUAA